UUUGUUUUCACGCUGCAUAAAAGGAGCGCACUGUGUGCACGCUGCAGGAAAGGAGUCUCAGAGUGAAGCAGAGCUUCAGCUCCCUUUCUGGUCAGCAGGAAACUAUUUGAGUCUCCAGGCUGAAUCCACCUGUGGAUCCUGUGCUGCUGAGAGAGCUCGAAAAGAGAAAAAGGCACACCUGUGUAGCCUUUCACAGAUUUGGGCCUGAAGAACACCUGAAGAGCAGAAGCCUGACUACACAGAAGUCUCAGUUAGCAUUUUAUAAAGAAAGAAAGAUUAACAGUACAUUCAAUAAUUAACAUAUAUCAAAACAGGAAAUGCUCAGAAUUCUCAAAGGAGACAAUAGUCCCAAGAGGAUUUCAGAUGCUGUUAAAAAAAACAGCAAACUACUAAAAUCCCAUUCAGGAUCUCUGCCAGUUUAUCUGAUUCCUCUGGAAAAGGACAAAGAAUUCAGUGUAGAUGGAUGCAGGAGUUUCAGGUUUGGGAAAGAGUCCAGUAAACCCAGUCGCACUAUAAUGGUUCUUGGAGCAACUGGUGCUGGGAAGUCAGCUCUCAUCAAUGGGAUGAUCAAUUAUAUUCUAGGUGUUAAAUGGGAGGAUGACUAUCGCUUUAAGUUAGUUGAUGAAGAUCAGUCAGCAUCACAAGCUCACAGUCAGACCUCUGAAGCCACUGUGUACAAAAUCCACCACCAGGAGGAUUUUACAAUCCCGUUCUCUCUGACCGUUGUGGACACUCCAGGAUUUGGAGAUACGAGAGGCAUAGAAAGAGAUGGCGAGAUUGUAGAACAGCUCCGUAACCUCUUCUCUGCUCAGCACGGUGUCAGUGAAAUUGAUGCUGUGUGUUUUGUAGCUCAGGCUUCUUUAGCACGACUCACAGCAACACAGAAAUAUGUGUUUGAUUCAGUGCUCUCGAUCUUUGGCAAAGAUGUGGCAGAAAACAUCAGGAUUCUGGUGACAUUUGCAGAUGGUCAGAGACCUCCAGUUCUAGAGGCAAUCAAUGCUUCAGGAGUCCCAUGUCCUAAAACCAACGACGGGCAGCCAGCUCACUUCAAAUUCAAUAAUUCAGCUCUGUUUGCAAACAACAAAUCAUCCGAAGCUGAUAGUGUGAGUGAUGAUGAUGAAGGCAGCUUUGAUCAGAUGUUUUGGGAGAUGGGGACAAAAAGCAUGAAGAGAUUUUUUGCUGCUCUGAAUAUCAUAAAUACAAAAAGUUUGACAAUGACAAAGGAGGUCCUCAGAGAAAGAAAGCAGCUCGAGAAUUCAGUGGAGAAUCUGCAGACAAAAGUUAAACUUGGAUUAGCCAAGAUGGAGGAGUUAAAAGAGAUGAGUGAAAAACUUAAAGAAAAUGAAGCAGAGAUCAGCAGAAACAAGGACUUUGAGUUUGAAAUUACUGUCAAAAAACCUGUUCAGGAGGAUAUUUCUGGCACUGGAAACUUCAUCACCAACUGUCAGCAGUGUCAUGUCACCUGUCACUUCCCCUGUUACAUACCAAAUGAUGCCGAAAAAAAUGAGUGUGUAGCAAUAGGACCAGAUGGAUGCUGUACAGAGUGCCCAGGCAAAUGUAUCUGGUAUGUACAUUAUAAUCAGCAGUACAAAUGGGGAUAUGAAGACGUCAAAGAAAAAAAAACAAUAAAAGAGCUGGAAGAAAAGUAUCGGAUAGCCAAAGGAGAGAAGAUGACUGUUCAGAUAGUGGUUGACAACCUUAAGGAUGAGUAUAAAAGUUUGCAGGAUGAGGUGGUGAAACUGAUGCAGAGAUCUGCAGAGUGUCUGAACAGACUCAAAGAGAUCGCACUGAAGCCAAACCCUCUGUCCACUCCAGAGUACAUCGACAUGCUCAUUGAAGGAGAGAAACAUGAGGGCAAACCAGGCUGGAAGGAACGAGUUCAGGCUCUGAUGAAGAUGAAGGAAAAAGCAGAGACUAUGGCUACUGUAGAGAAAGGAGAGAAACUCCUCCAUCACCAAGAAUCACUUGAUGUUAAACCUGAGCCAUAAAUCAUACUGAGUGAAACAGUGAUACAGGGCAGAGUUACAGCAAUUUGUAAUUUGUGCAUUUUUUAAAUUCUAAUAAAUAUGGGCUUCACUUGUCUGCACUACAGCA